AUGGCCAUGGAGGCUAGCCUACAAAGGGCUCUUCUCCGAGCACAGGUCAUCGAUGAGGAGGCCAUGGGACGGUACAUCACAAAUCAAGCCUUGAUCCAGCAGCUGGGCAUGCUGAGAGAUGCCAUGCACCGAGGCUAUUACGCACUCGAUGCCUUCAGGUACCAACCUCACUACGGAGAGGAGGGCAAUUAUCCAGCUAUUAGGGGCUUUAUGUCCCUAUCCAAGGUACCCUCUCCAAAGGAUCCCUAUUUCUUCAGUCGAACUGCACAGUCCCAGGUACAACUAGAAGAUGCACUUGACAGAUUGAGGUCCAUGAUGUUUGAUCUGAACGAGUCAGUUAUUUUCUUGAUGAGGUACCCUCGUCUGUAUCGCCAACCUUACAGCAUGCAUAUCCUACUUGGUAACUGCAUGUUUGGUCGCCAGAUGGAAGCAGAACUUGUUAUUAAAUUCCUGUUGCACACACACCCUCAUUGUUCUCAAGAUUUGGAGGUCAUGCCAAUUGUCGGUCCACCCAGAGUCCGCAAGAGUACCCUAGUCGCUCAUGUUUGCAAGGACGAAAGAGUCCGUGAUUAUUUCUCAGAAAUCUUGUGGUUGUGUGAGUUCGAUUUUACAAAUGAUGAGCUAGUUUGCAGACAAGGAUGUGUAAUGAACCAUCAAAAUUGUAUGCCAAACUCGAACAGAGGCAAGAGAUUUCUUGUUGUCAUUGAACUAUCUGGAAAUCUCAUCUCUGAAACAUUCAAUUAA